AUGAACAAAAUUAACGAAACCUUCCUCGUGAGAUCGUUAUUUACAUGUGAAUCUGUGGGAACGUAUGAAGAUGUCUACGAAUACGACCCACUUUGGCGGCAGACGUACGUUGGUUGUAUGCUGCUGAAAGUUCUACAAGAUAUGUUCCAAUUUAAUGUUACCUACAAAGUUGUAGAUUACAAGCACCUACCGACGGCGCUACGUGAAAAAUCUAUCUACCCGCGAGCUGGCGACUCUAUCGACAUAUAUGUGAAACCUAUGGAACUUGAGACCGACAUACUUAACCACGCCUUUCCAAUAUCUGCUAUAUUUACGUGGCGAAUCGGUUUUAUUCUCCGGCACCGCUACAAUGGCAUCCUCAAGGCGUUCUACAGCCAACCUUUCAACACACCUGUUUGGCUCAGCAUUUACACGACGAUAUUAUUCAGCUCAAUUUGCUUUUAUCUGCUCAGCCAAUGGGAUACGAGAUUCUUCGGGGGAGAAUGCAGUUAUGCUUACGAGCUGUUGUUGGCCUUUUCUGCAUAUUGUCAACAUAUUCUGCCAUUACAAGCAAACUCAAACUCUCGUCGGAUUGGCUAUCUUACCUUCAUUGUGUGCGCGUAUGUCGUACACAGCUUUUACACGUCCAACCUGCUCUCUCACCUAGUGAGUGAUAAAGACAAAACUAUGGAUUUGAAUGCUUUGGUAGAAAGCGACUACCAGUUCGCGUUGCUGAAAGAUAUGAAUUUAGAUACGGAUAAAAAGAAAUAUGAAAAAUCAAUGGACAAUAAUCUCAGUAUUGUAUGGAAAAAGCUGUUGAAAGUGCAAAUAAUGAAUUUAACCACCGCAUUGGAAGCUGUAGUGUAUUCGAAAACAGCGCUUGUAACUGAAUACUUCACUUUGUAUCCUAUUUUGAAGAGAUAUCUCGACAGUGAGGACAUUUGCCAACUCGUUGAAGUGGAUCUCUACUCGAAAGUGAAACAGUACUUCUUUACAAAUAAAACAUUCAUGUACAAAGAGGAAUUCAAAAUUGGAACCCUCCGAGCUAAAGAAGCUGGCCUGAUGAAGAAAAUUCUGAACCUGGACAAGUAUUCCCCUCUAAAAUGCGACGAUUCCAUGAGCGUUUAUAAAUCGCAGUUUGAACACGUGGUCGCACCAAUAAUAAUACUCUUGUCUUCUUAUGUAUUAGCAAUAUUAGUGUUAGUUGGAGAACGGAUACAUUAUCAGCUGAAUAGAGUGUGGCCUUACAUAGAUUAAAGAAGAAAGAAGAAAAAGUUCUUCUCUUCUUUCUUCUUUAAUCUUCUGUAGAACAGUCUAAUAGAAUAGAAUAGA